AUGUUUAUCUUAUGUUUAGGAUUUUAUGAAAAUGGAAAAUUAUGAGACAGUUGUAAACUUUGGUGUCAGUAAGAUACCGCUGUCCAGUGUUGCUCAGAAGAUUAUGUCUGCUCUACAUUCAGGUGAUUUAGUGGAGUCUAAGAAUUGGAGAGAGAGUGAAAAGAAUGCAGAAGUGGAGAGCAACCUUAGUGUUAAGUAUUCAGUUUCAGAAGAUGAGACAACUCAAUCAUUGGAACAGAAGAAUUUUAAUUAUCUUACAAGCCAGAUGUCAAGUGCUUUCAUCAAAUUCUCUCCUCAGUUCUCCAAUAUCAAACUCACAGAUCAGCUGUCUACUAGCCAAAAACCAAAGAGUAUCAGCUCAUUGUCUCCUUCUGGUCAUUUAAUUCCACAGUAUAAUAAUCAAGAGACUUCCAAUAUACAGAGAAUGGAACAUAGAAAGAAGCAGUUCCUGAAAGAAAAUAUAAAUAACGUGAAGAAAGCAAGCAUGAAUCUAAAAAGAAAACAUGCUCCGAGUAGCAUUUCAUCAGAGAGCACAGGAAAACACAGAGCACUGGAGAAAGAUGCAAAUGAGAUUGAAGCCUACCUGAAUUCUGAGAACUCGAGAGCAUUCCAAAACCAUUUUUGUGAUAUUCAGCAUUUGGAUGAUUUGGGAAAAAGCCAGCUGGUUGAAAUGAUCAAGCAGGCAGCAGCCGUGGUGGUCACUCUGCUGUAUAAGGAUGGGUCAACCCAACUAGCAGCUGACCAGGCUCAAAUUUCUUCUGUGAAAGGAAUUGUGAUGUCACUACAGAGCCCUGCAGAAGGCAGCUGGCCUCUGCUUGCUUUGGCGUCUGGCCAUGCAGCUCCCAAUGCAGGCUUCAAGCCAGGAGAGCAGAAUUUCUGCAUUAAAACAGAGUGCUUCUUUACUUGGAACCAGGAACAAGAAGCACAUAAUCAGUUUGCCAGGGAUGUGCUGCUUCAGAUGCUAAAAUGCCAAUGUCCUGUUAUCUGCUUCAACGCUAAGGAUUUUGUGAGGACUGUGCUGAAGUUUCUUGGUGAUGAUUACAGUUGGAAGCAUGUUGCAAAGUUUGUGGGGCUGGACCCCAGAAUUGCCUCCUGGCUGCUAGAUCCUAGUGACACCGCACCCUCUUUUGAAGAGUUAGUGGGGAAAUACUUGGAAAAUGCCACCACAGUGAAUGUGAGCAGCACCUAUAGAAACUCAUCAAGAAAUAUCGUGAAUCAGAACAUCUGUGCCAACAUGAGGGUCCUCUGCAGCCUGACCAUGCUCCUUUGUUCUCAGCUGAAGGCUCAUGGUUUGUGGCAGCUGUUCUGUACUUUGGAACUUCCUCUGAUACCAAUCUUGGCAGUGAUGGAAAGCCACAGCAUCCGGGUGAACAAAGAAGAGAUGGAGAGGACUUCUGCGCUGCUGGGGUCUCAUCUAAAGGACCUGGAACGGGAGGCACAUUUUGCUGCAGGAGAACAGUUUCUCGUGACGAGCAGUAAUCAGCUCCGAAAGAUGCUCUUUGGGAAGCUGCAGCUGCACCUCCUGUGUCCACGAGAGAGUCUUCCCAGAACAGGACUGCAGAGACAGCUGUCCACGUCGGAAGCCUCGCUACGUAUCCUACAAGACCUUCAUCCGUUGCCUAAGAUAAUUUUGGAGCAUAGGCAGGUUCACAAGAUCAAGUCAACCUUUGUAGAUGGAUUGCUGUCAUGCAUGAAAGAGGGCUCUGUUGUUUCCUCGACGUGGAAUCAGACUGGCACUGUGACUGGGAGGCUCUCCGCCAAGCACCCUAAUAUCCAAGCUAUCUCCAAGCUCCCAAUUCACAUCACUAAGCCUCAAAAUGGUAAAGGUAAGGAAGACGAAGUCCUCAGCAUCUCUCCCAGGACCAUGUUCAUUGCAUCCGCAAGCCACACUUUUCUGGCUGCAGACUUCUCGCAGAUUGAGUUGCGCAUUCUUACACACUUAUCGGGAGACCCAGAACUUCUGAAGUUAUUCCAGGAGUCGGAACAAGAUGAUGUCUUUUCGGCCCUGGCUUCCCAGUGGAAGGACAUUCCUGCCAAGUGUGUGACGCCCGUGGACCGAGAACAGACAAAGAAGGUGGUGUAUUCAGCCGUGUAUGGAGCAGGAAAGGAGCGGCUCGCUGCCUGCCUGGAAGUUCCACUUCAGGAAGCUGCCCAAUUUUUGGAGAGUUUUUUACAGAAAUACAAAAAAAUCAAGGAGUUUUCCCAAGCCACCAUCGCCCAGUGUCAGCGGAGCGGCUAUGUGGCAACCCUGAUGGGCAGACGGAGGCCACUGCCCCAGAUCUGGGCUCAGGAUGUACAACUCCGGGCACAGGCUGAGCGCCAAGCAGUGAACUUUGUGGUACAAGGCUCUGCCGCGGACCUCUGCAAGAUGGCCAUGAUCCGCAUCUUCACUGCUGUGGCCUUGUCCCACACCCUGACAGCCAGGCUGGUGGCCCAGAUCCACGAUGAGCUGCUGUUCGAGGUGGAGGAACCGCAGGUGCCCGAGUUUGCAGCUCUUGUCAGGCACUCCAUGGAGUCGCUGCGGAACGUGCCGGCCUCGGAGCUGCAGCUACAGGUCCCCUUGAAGGUGAGCCUGAGUGCUGGACACUCCUGGGGACAUCUGAUGCCGCUGCAGGAGACCCACCACCCCCCGCCCGCACCCAUGGGCGCUCUCCCCUUGGUCCAUAGUCCUACGUGGGACGGGGCUGGGAACUGGCCUCCACAAAGCCAAGUGUGAACCCCGCAGAUCAGCGGGGUGGGUCCUCCAGGGCCACCCAGUAAAGGCUGCGAGUACUGCCCUUGUCCUGUCCUGCCUUCUUCACGCUGCAGGGGGCUUCUUGUCCCCACAUAGCCACCAGGCUGGCACCUGGGUGGUCUGGGAGCUGCUGGCCCUUACCACCUCAAGGUGCACAGGGGACAGCUCAGCCUCGGGCCCACUCACAUCCCUGUGCCCCCAGCAAAGACCAGUGGCCCCUUCCUCCCAACUGUACCCC